AGGAUCUAUUUUUGUCUCUGCCUGGUUAGUUUUUUUGGAAAGGGAAACCGACCUUUGAUUUUUAUCAUACCAUUCAUACCUUUAAUGUUGUUCAAUAUGUGUAAUAACAAAGUUGCAGUUGAAUGAAGGCUUUUCCUAAAUGAAUAUUAUUGUUUUUUCCAUUUUUGAGUAAGUAAAAGCGUAUAGAAAUAGUAUUCAUUGAAUUCAGAUGUGAUUGUUCUAUCCAAAAGUAUGUCAACAAAAGGUUUUUAACGACUUCGAGAUAAAUGUUCAUGAGUCUUGAUCACGAAGUUUCUAAUUGACAAUAUCGGAAUUCUGAUAAAUAAUGCCCUCAGAAUUUCUUGAAAUCACAACAUUAAGGAGGAAAGGAAUAUUAUAAUGAUAAGAAGCAACCUAUUGAAAUUUAGAGGUGGGUGUUUUAGUCCAGUAUCCAAUUCAGGUAUUCCUUAGCCAGAUUUCCUCGAGCUAUGUGGUUGAAUUAGUUCCUAAUUAAGAUUGAACCCAUCUUCCAGUUUUCAAAUUCAUUAUAAGACAGUGUGAGAGAAUUCAGUAAAUAAUCACCAAAAUGUUGGGGCCUCCAGCACAAAUCAGCAAAAUAAUGAUGGGGCUUCUUGCUCUGGUUGUCCUCUUCUUUUUGUUCAUGGACUACAACCUGCAUAUCAGAAUACACAAGUAUCCCAUCGAUAGAGGAAUCAACGAUAAUAAUAAUUUCAGUUACAACGAUGUCAGUUGGUUGGGCUAUAAUAUUUCACCCCUGGGAGAUGUUACUGUAAAGGCUGUUCUGCUAGAUCAUACUAAUUAUUACCUUUUCGCCCCCCUUGUGACCAUACUUGAUAAUUUGUUGAACAUUUCUGAGUUUCCUUAUAUAACUCCAAAUGCAAUAAGUUUUUUUCAUGUUUUCGUUGCUAUAGCCAGCGGAAAAUGUAUAGCGAGUGACAGUUUAUCUUAUAGAAGGAUUGGAGUGGUUUUGUUUGAAAUAAGAACCUUCUUAGAUGAUCUAGAUGGACAUGUGGCUAGAGCUAGAAAGCAUAUAAAAGGAGAGAGGUCUGAAGUAGGUACUAGCGGUUAUUUUAUAGAUGGCAUUUGUGACGGAUUAGGUUGCAUUGCUUUGUUAAUUGGUGCUUUCUUCUAUUUGAAGAAUAAUCCUCCUCGGGGAGGCUAUGUACAAUUGCCUACAGUGAUUGAUAGUAAAGAUAGUAAUGUUAUUAUGUACAAAGGAAAGGUAACAUGGCAAAAGUCUGCUCUGGUUAUUUCUUGCUUCGCCUUACAACUCCUCAUUAGUUCCUUGUCUUGGAAUCGCUAUAUAGACCUUUACCAAGACAUGUUGGAAAACAACAGCGUGUCCGAGGAGGAAUUUGUUAAGCAAAUAAUGGUUUUCAAAAGCCCCAUGUUCUUUAUAAUUGCCUUUUUCUGGAGAUUGGUUAAUGUUCACAACAUGAUCCAUCUCUUCCUCUUGGCCAUUUUUUGUGAUAAAAUGUGGGAAUUCCUCAAAUUCAUUCAGUACAUCGGUUACGGUAUCCUUUUCUCCAUUAUUUGCAUCACAGAAAAGCAUGCUUUAGACGCGAGGAAUUUCAUUUUCAAUCAGAAGUACCUUGAAAACAAUAAUAAUUUAUAAUUUGUUGUUUAUUCGUAAGUUUCAAAUCCGUUUUAUUAAGAGUUUUUGGGUUGCCUACCUUUGAGGAUUUAGUAAGAAUUAGGAUUGAGGUACACAUUUAUAAGCUUAUUUUUCUUCACUAAUCAGUGUUAUUUAUUGAGCUAUAGUCCAUGUUGUACAGGGUGCUUUUUGAAGAAAGAUUAUGGGGAUUAUGAGAAUUAUACUGGGUACUUCAAACACAGGGUGCUUAACUGAUCAAAACAAUGUUAUAACAUUAGGUUGUCAAGCCACGUUCAUGAAGAAGAGUGUAUUCAAAAUUUUUUUUUUUGUAAAUUUUUAUCUUAAAAGAAUAUCGAUGAAAUACAACUUUCCUUUUGAAUUGUUAUGUUUGUAGGAAAAAACGCAGGUGCUCGAGAAUUUCAUAAAAUUCCUUUUGAAAUUAUAAAAAAAGAUCUGGCGUGAGAGUGGUUCAUUAAGUGAUCGAGAAAUUGUUCACAUUCGCAUUUCGAAAACAUUAAAAAUCUCAAUUUUUCCUCUCUUUUCUCGGUAGUUUCCUUUGAACUAGGUCAAGAGUGUUAGCUGGGCACGAUCUUU